UAAACAAACUAUUCAAAAAUGUUCUCCUUAAAGUGCUUUCUUUUGUUGGCCUCCUGUCUUAUAUUGACUGCUACAGCAUCACCCAUAGAAUUGGAGGAAUUCUAUGAAUUUCAACCUCAAGAUGUUGUCUUCUAUGAAUAUGAACCGGUAUUAUCCAGACAAGUAAGAUCCCCUCAGGGUGGCAAUAUUGAUUUUGGUGUCAAACAAGAUCAAUUUGGACGUGAAGCCUCUGUCAAUUACAAUCAUAAUUUGUAUAGCAGCAGUGAUGGAUCAGUUGAUGCUUAUGCUCAAGCAUCUCGUAAUUUCGAUCAUAAUCGCAAUGAUUAUAGUGGUGGCAUCCGUGGAUCCUGGAGAUUUUAAAUUAUUUAUACAUUAUUUAGUAGUUAGUAAAAAUAAAUGACAAAUUUAUUUAUUUAAAGUAA